AUGACAAAGGAACGUACCCAGGACAGCUCUGACAGCGAGAAGUCGAGCCCUCACAAGGAACGACACACUGGACAUAGUGUGUUCAUCAGGGACAGCAUAAUUGGUUUCGCAGACGGCCUGACAGUACCCUUCGCAUUGACAGCCGGCCUGUCAGCCUUGGGGGAUUCGAAAAUUGCUUUUCUGGGCGGUCUGGCCGAGCUAUUCGCUGGAUCGAUCUCCAUGGGACUGGGUGCUUACCUUGCUGCUGUGACGGAGCGCAAGCACUACGAAGUGGAAGAAUGCCGCGAGUGGAUCGAAGUCAGAGAAUGUCCGCAAGCUGAGGAACAAGAAAUUUUUGAGAUCUUCGAUCGUUAUGGCAUCUCGCGACAAGCAUCCAAAGGUGUCGUUGAUGGCCUGAAAGUGAACGAGGAGAUGUGGGUCCAGUUCAUGAUGGACUUUGAGCUCAAGCUGGAGAAACCCGCAGUCCGCAUGGCUUGGAUCGAAGGCCUGGUCAUGGGUCUCUCGUACUUUUUUGGAGGUCUUCUCCCUAUGAUUCCCUACUUCGCUUUCAAGCACAACGUUAACAACGCGCUGUUAACAUCAAUCGGGAUCACGGGAGUUGUUCUGCUCGCCUUCGGCUAUACCAAAGCACUUGUCACAGGCACUUCGCAUCGAGACGCAGCCUGGAGCGCUUUGCAGACGUUGACGAUAGGCGCUCUGGCGGCUGGAGUCUCGUACGGUAUAGUCCGUGGCGUCAACGAGAGCAUCGGAUGA